AUGUCUAUCCCUUAUAGUGGUACUAUACGACGCUCUGGAGGUGUAGUAUCCGCAAUUGGAAAACAAUUACGAGCUGUUAAUCUUAAGGCUGCAAAGCGAAUAACCGUAAAAUUUGAUCCUUUUAGUGAAAAUGUUACACACACUAGAAACUUCUUACAUUAUUUAAGCUCACCAAAAAUUAGUUUAACGAAUCCUAAUUGUGCUCUAAAAACAGAAGUUGUAUGUGAUCGCAGUGAGCCUACAGUUGACAUUGCUAUUGUCCCUUCAAUAGCUGAAACUGUGAAAAUCAACAAGGUAACAUUUAAAAGUGGUAAUUUGACCUGUUUGGAGCUCCUUCAGUUAUUAAACAAACACAUAUCAUCUCUAGCACCAGAAGAGCAAAUAACAAACACAAUACAAACAAAAUUGGAGAAGAAGAAAAGCAAAAAGAAG